ACCUCUUUCCACAUGAUACUUAACUCUGUUCUCUAAUAUCGUAAUGAAGAGCAUCCAGCAUUGAAUGAGUGAUGGGUGUGUAGAAUUAACCCCAAAAGGAUAUGAGAUGAUUUGAUUGCUGAGGUUGAGUGCUUAGCAGGUUUCGAUUCUACUGCACUUCUUACAUUUGGCUGUGCAGCUGAAUCUCCCUGCAGAUUAUGAUGUCACAGUGGAGUGGGGAUAGAAUCAGCCCUUCAUCUGAGCCAGGGAUCACAGUCAGGAUUAAGUGCAUCUAGGUAGUGGUCUGUAGCCAGUGAAUGCUCAGUAGCAGGGGAGCUGUGUCCAUGCAGUCCUGUUGGCUUCGCCCUUGUGGUCCUCACACAAAAUGAAAUUCCACGAAAUGGAUUUUCGCUGUCUGAAGAAGAACAAGAAGACUGACACUAAAAUAAUGAGAAGCAUUUUUCUCUCUUUUGGCUGUGUCUGCUGUCCAUAACAACCAAUAAGCAAGAUGAAGGUGAAAUGGACCAUGCUGGGCAUGGUUGUCUUCUUUCUGCUCUCUGUGAUCAUGACCUGCUGCUUCAUAUGGCAGUAUAGAAUGACAAAGCUGAAGACAGAAGUGGUUGUUAAAAAAGCAGCAGUAGAAGAGAUGUGCCCUCACUUCCCUGAGCCUGUGCCUCUCCGACAUCCCAUCACAUCACUGAGGGUAGCCUUAGAAAAGACAGAUGUACUUCUAAAGUCGAGGAUUCACACUAGCAGGUUGCCAGCGAUAUCAGCCAUUGUGGUUUUAAAUGACUCCAUUCUGUGGAAUGGAAACUUUGGCAAGAAGAACAUAAGUGACCCCUCCUCAUCUGCACCCAAUGAGUUCACAGUGUACAGAAUUGCAAGCCUCUCUAAGAUCUUUCCCACACUGAUGCUUUACAAGCUGUGGGACGAAGGCCUGGUGGAUUCUCUGGAUGACCCUCUGGAGAAGUAUGUGGGCAACUUCACCAUCAAGAAUCCACUGGGGAAGAGUGGGGGUCCAGCAUCUUCAUCUGGCAGCACCUACAGUGGUCGCUCUCCUGCACUCACCCUGCGCAGGAUGGCUAGCCAGCUCUCUGGGUUACCCAGAAGAUUAAGGUCAACCAAUCUCCUUUGGAGUGGAGAUACAGAGGCAGCCCUUAAUUUGUUACAGGAUGAUGUCCUCGUGGCAGAUCCAGGCACCAAAUGCCACUACAGCAAUGUUGCUUUUUCCUUACUAGCCAACGUCUUGGCCCAGAAAGUGACUGGCUCAGACUUUGAGAGCUGGGUGUCUCACAACAUUCUGGAGAGGUUCAGCAUGGAGGACACUGGUUUCAACUUAACUCCAGCCAUUCAGAGACAGAUGGCUGUGGGUGUGUACAGCAAUGGCCAACCAGCGCCGCUCUACAAUCUUGGUUGGUACCGACCUGCAGGCCAAAUGUAUUCCACAACAGCUGACAUGGCCAGACUCAUGAUGGUUCUUCUGGGUGGUUAUGGUGAAACUCUGCUCCGCCGGGACACCCUAAGUACCAUGCUGACUCCAGUCUUCCGAUGCCAUGGCAGCUAUUUCGCCAACUACACCGGUACACCGUGGGAGAUUAAUCAGCAGUUUGGCUAUGAUGUUGUGAGGAAGGAUGGGGAUCUGGAUGGUUACGCAGCCACCCUCUCCCUGGUCCCAAGACUAAAGCUGGGACUAGUGGUCCUGAUGGCUGGGGUACGUCCUGCAGACCAGGACCUUGUGAGCCAGGCCUACAGCUAUCUCAUCCCAGCAGUGGAAAAGGCUUUCAAGGAUGCUCAACAGACUCUCAGAUCUCCACCCAACCCAGGUCCAUAUGUUGGCUUUUUCACUUACAGGAAUAUGACAUUCUAUGAGAUUAAGGUGGACUCAGACAGGGUGCUUGCCAUGCAGCAGUUUGGACCACAUGUGGACACAACUGUGCCAUCCAAAUACCGAACUGUUCGGCUGGAUUACCUGCAGGACAGGGUGUUCAGGGUGGUGUUUGAGAGCCCAUACCCUUGUAAGCUGAAGGUUAACAGCGCCUCAGUGUCCCUGGAGGCACAGGACAAACAGCUCUUCAACUUUUACCCCUUUAACAAGAAAGGUGUAUCACCUGGUUUUGAUUCCCCAGGACUCAACACUUACAGGGUGACAAGGAUAGCUGGCAGGCCCUACUUUACUUCAUGAAGAAAGAAAUGCAACUCGGAACAAGUUCGGCAUUGUAACUGGAUGUGUCAGGGACAAAUGCAGUGGGAAACUUGAUAUUGCAAACACAUGGCAGUUUCUGAUUGUUGAGACUGUUAGCCAGGUGAGGUUUUAUAUGUUGUUACGGUGAUGGGGUGUUAUCUUGCUUAGGUUAAUGUAAUUAAUUUGAAAUUGUAUUUUAUUAUUAUUAUUAUUACUAUUGUUGUUGUUGUUAUUAUCAUAUCAUUUUUGACAGUACAGAAACAAUGUAUUGCAUCUUCACCAGCUACAUUUAUUUGUUUAUAUUCUUAUUCUGAAUUAUUGACAUAUG